GAAAACAACAAACACGCCUUGUGAGGUUCUUCCAACGACGAGAUAAAUAGAUAUUCAUCUGGGCAUAAAACCUUAGUUCAUUCCUGGAUUUCAAAGAAAACACUUCUUCUCUGAGCACACGCCAAACCCUAUUUUCUACCUUCCACAAUGAACUUCAAACAUGUGAUUAUCCUCGCUGUGUGUAUCUGUUUAGUUGAACAAAUUGGGGCAGCGAAGAAGCGAAGACUGGUCAAACGUUUGAAGAAACAGCCUUUGGAGGUGGUUGCCAUUGAUUCCAAUGACGAGAGACAAAUCGAGAAUUAUUCUCGCUCAGAUCCUGGGAUUCAAGAAGACGAGGGAGCCGAAAGUGGCAACGAUCGUCCAAGGGAUGCACGCUUCAUUUUCCAGUCAGUUUUUGGAGGAACAACCAAUAAACCCGCACCCCUUUACUCGUACCAAUACACGCCCUAUAAUCAAGAGCUUUGGGGUGUCGAAUCUUCUCCACAGCAAGUCCCACAACAAGUCCAACAAGAGCAACAGACUCAACAAGUUCAACAAGUCUCGCCAUAUAACUACGCUCUCACCAAUCAAGAAUUUAAUAAUAACCCUUCGUACGCUCAAGUUGGUUUCCCUUAUCAGUAUGAAGGUUCCGAGACUCCCUAUUAUCGGGCCUCCCCAAUUCCUGGCUUUGAUGACAGCAAUGUUUUGCAAGAUAAAACCUUUGACAGCAUUCAACAAGCUGUUACCAAUGCAUUUAAUGGCCCCAAUGGCCAGAACGAGUUGGACGAUAAUGCUAAAUUGGCCAGGGCGGUCUUGCCCGCGACUGUGGCCGCUUUCUUGGCUCUCACCGGCCCCAACAAUCAAAGGCAGCGUCGGGAUGUCGAGGACAACUUCAUUCUAGAGGAUGACAAUGGAGAUUUUCCUCUGCCAAACACCCUACCCGACUAUGGUCAGCGCUUGAAGGAUGCUAUUGUCAUGUUGGCCAUGAUAGAGACCCACCCCGAUUGUAUGAAAAAGAUUGCUUGCAUCUUUGGGCGAGAAACGAAGCGAUCGGACCAAAGAAUCCUCAUUACAGAUAUCGUGACCAAAUUGAUGCCAAAGAGAUUGGACGGUUUUACCCAAGAAUUCAUUCACGCCAGUCGAAAUGACGAUCGAUCAUGCGAGUCUUACGAUUGCUCGACUUGCUUCUCUGUUUAAGCAUCCGUUGCCCAAUAGACCAAGGUGUGUUGUAUUUGUUUGGUCAUGUUGACGAGUCUUAUCUUUGACGCCACCAUCGUUAGGAAGCCCUCAUUCCUCGUCUUGUUUCCUGAUCCCUACCUAAACGCACGUAGUCGAGGAUAGGGGUUCACAUUCGAAUUAUCGCCUCAUUUCAUCUUGCUACCACGUAGCUCUAACUCUCGCAUAUAUGUAUGUAUGACUUUAAUUAGCCACAGAAUAUAAACUCAGCAGGCGACCCUCCAAAGUCUUGAAGAAUAAUGGCGUUCCACUCCAAAGCAAUGGAUAGGUGCUAAAUCAAUGCAUGAAGCCUGCCCAAUUUAGCAAUCAUCCAAUUUGAACUUACUUUCCCUGGUAAAUCAUUUAUUUUCCUGACACCUAGACUGGUUAGGAAGAACUGGCGAUGCUUGAUUUUGUAACUGGUUUAUUGAUAUCAUUCUCCCCCUAAUAAAUAG